AGGGAGAUCAGAGAGAGGUCCAGCAGGAGCCCAGGGCUGGCCAGGGAGCCUGUGUGAGCAGUGAGGCAGCGAGGCGGCGAGGAACAGGCGGUGAGGAACAGGCGGCGAGGAGCGGACCCGGCGGCGAGGAGUGGCGAAUUUCAGGGACGCGCUGAAGAGGCGGUGACCGCGAUGCAGGGAGAGCUCUUGUGCGUGCUGCUGCUGUGUGGCGCAGGCCUCACCCUCCCCAGCCAGGAAAACCACCUUCGGUUCAGAAGAGGAGCCAGAUCUUACAGAGUGACCUGCCGAGACGAGCAAACGCAGACGACAUACCAGCUGCACGAGGCGUGGCUGCGCCCCCUGCUCAGGGGCAACCGGGUGGAGUACUGCAGGUGCAUGAGUGGCAGGCCGCUGUGCCACUCGGUGCCCGUCAAAAGUUGCAGCGAGCCAAGGUGUUUCAAUGGAGGGGCGUGUCGGCAGGCCCUGUACUUCUCAGACUUUGUCUGCCAGUGCCCUGAAGGCUUUGUCGGAAAACGCUGUGAAGUAGAUACCCGUGCCACGUGCUACGAGGGCCAGGGCAUCACCUACAGGGGCACCUGGAGCUCCACCAACAGCGGGGCUGAGUGCACUAACUGGAACAGCAGCGCACUGACCAGGAAGCCCUACAGCGCGCGGAGACCGGAUGCCAGCAAGUGGGGCCUUGGGAAUCACAACUACUGCAGAAACCCAGACCGAGACUCCAAGCCCUGGUGCUAUGUCUUCAAGGCAGGGAAAUACGUUGAGGAGUUCUGCAGCACACCGGCCUGCUCCAGAGGAAAACGUGGAGACUGCUACUUCGGAAAAGGGUUAGCGUACCGUGGCACCCACGGUUUCACCACGUCCGGGGCCUCCUGCCUGCAGUGGGAUUCUUUGAUCCUGUUAGGCAAGACGUACACGGCGCGGAAGAGCAACGCGCAGGCACUGGGCCUGGGCGGACACAACUACUGCAGGAACCCGGAUGGGGACGACAAGCCCUGGUGCCACGUGCUGAAGGACCGCAAGCUGACGUGGGAGUACUGCGACCUGCCCCAGUGCUCCACCUGUGGCCUGAGACAGUACAAGCAGCCUCAGUUCCGCAUCAAAGGAGGACUCUUCACGGACAUCAGCUCCCACCCCUGGCAGGCCGCCAUCUUUGUCAAGAACAGGAGGGCUUCAGGAGAGCGGUUUCUGUGCGGGGGAGUGCUCAUCAGCUCCUGCUGGGUUCUGUCCGCCGCCCACUGCUUUGUGGAGAGGUUCCCCACCCACCACCUGAAGGUGGUCUUGGGCAGGACGUAUCGCCUGGUCCCCGGAGAGGAGGAGCAGAAAUUUGAGGUUGAAAAAUACAUCGUCCAUAAGGAGUUUGAUGACGACACUUACAACAAUGACAUUGCAUUGCUACAGCUGAGGUCCGACUCAUCGCUCUGUGCCCGAGAAAGCAGCACCAUCCGCCCCGUCUGUCUCCCCGAGGCUGGCCUGCAGCUGCCCGCCUGGACAGAGUGCGAGCUGUCUGGCUACGGCAAGCACGAGGCGGCCUCUCCUUCCUUUUCUGAGCGCCUCAAAGAGGCCCACGUCAGACUGUACCCAGCCAGCCGCUGCACAUCACAACACUUGUUCAACAGGACCGUCACCGACAAUAUGCUGUGUGCUGGGGACACUCGAAGCGGAGGCAACCAUGCGAACCUGCACGAUGCCUGCCAGGGCGACUCGGGAGGCCCCCUGGUGUGUCUGCAGGACAACCACAUGACUCUCGUUGGCAUCAUCAGCUGGGGCAUCGGCUGCGGGCAGAGGGACGUCCCAGGGGUGUACACCAAGGUGACUAAUUACCUACACUGGAUUCAAGACAAUACGCGGCCAUGACCAAGAAGGCUUCGCUCCCUGAAACCAAACGAGAGCCUACCUUCCUCCUCCUCGGGUUCCACGAAGACCGAGUGCUUCUUCAGACAGACUUUUUGUAGAAGUGAGAGGAGAACCCAUAGGAGAGGGAAGAGGAUAGAUUUUCACAGGCACUUUCUGUUUGGGAAGUUUUGGGGGUUAAAGUCUGAUGGCAGAAUGUGUUCUGUCAGACAGAAAGACGCAAGUGAUCAUCAACCCCUCCUGGAAUAAUACCCCCUAGAGCGGAGGUAAAAAACAAACAAACAAACAAACAAAAGAAACCUAGGCUUCUAUUCCAUCAAAUUCCUAAUCUGAGAAGCUUUGGAAGUGGGAAGAGGAUAAGAGCAAUUCUCAAUCCUAAAAAAUAAUGAGAGCC